AUGUCACUUGCAGAACAAUUUGAAUCAAAUAAUAAAAGCUACGUCUCAACUUUUACCAAAGGAGAUUUGGCUUUACCACCAGCCAAGAAAGCAUUGAUUCUUGUAUGUAUGGAUGCUAGAAUUGACCCAGCUAAAAGUUUAGGUUUCGAAGAAGGUGACGUCCAUGUUGUCAGGAAUGCAGGUGGUAGGGCCAAAGAUGCUCUACGUAGUAUAAUUAUUUCUCAAAAAUUAUUAGGAACUAGGGAGAUAAUCGUCAUCCAUCACACGGAUUGUGGUAUGUUGACAUUCAAGGAUGAAGACUUGAAGUCAAUUCUUCUUAAGGAUACUGGUCAACAAACAGAUUUACAAUUCUUACCCUUUCUGGAUUUGCAUCAAAGUGUUAAAGAUGAUGUUGAGAUAAUUAAGUCAAAUCCGUUUGUUUUAGAUAUACCAAUAACUGGUUAUAUCUACGAUGUUAAGACAGGUGAAAUCAAUAAGGUUUCGUCUGAUUAG